AAUGGUGGGGGUGGCUGAGGCGAUGGCGGCGCCUCGGUGUUGCUGGCCCGGUUGUUAACGAGCCCUCACCGCCCCGCGGGCCCUGGGAAGAACCGUCGUGUCCCGCCGCGCCGGUCUGGCAUCCUGGAGAGGGGAUGCGGUAGCGCGGGGUGAAUGCAGCUGCCUGGUGCGGGGCCUUUGGAGGCGAUGGAGCCGCUCCCAGAACUGUACUCCAUCUUCCAGGGCGAGGUUGCUGCAGUGACAGAUUAUGGGGCAUUUAUCAAAAUCCCAGGCUGCAGGAAACAAGGCCUUGUCCACAGGACUCACAUGUCCUCCUGCCGUGUGGACAAACCCUCUGAGAUUGUUGAUGUUGGGGACAAAGUCUGGGUGAAGCUCAUUGGGAAAGAGAUGAAGGAUGACAAGCUGAAGCUCUCCCUCUCCAUGAAGGUUGUUCACCAGGGCACAGGGAAAGAUCUGGAUCCCAACAACGUUUCCCUUGAUCAGGAUGAGAGGAAGAAACGAACCUUCAGGGACUACACGAGCCAGAAGAUCACCCUGGAGGCCGUCCUGAACACAGUGUGCAAGAAAUGUGGCUGCAAAGGUCACUUUGCCAAGGAGUGUUUCAUGCAGCCUGGAGGAACCAAAUACAGCCUCAUUCCAGAGGAGGAGGAAGAGGAGGGAGCAGCAGCAGGACCUGAAGGGGAUAAAAAGAUCAGCCAGGCUGAGGAGUCUUCAAAGAAAAGGAAAAAGGUGCUUGUUCAGGUCCCUUCCCACCCAAGCCCCUCACAGCCUUUUGGCAGGAAGGUCUCUCAGGCACUGAUGUGGCCACGGAUGAAGUUGGAGAGGAAGAAGAAGAAGAAGCACAAGGCCAAGCAGUCCUCAGAGUCAGACUCGGACAGCUCUGCCUCGGACAGUGAUGGAGCUCAGCCCUCCAGCAAGAGGCACAAGCACUCGGGGAAACCCAGCAGGGCUCCCAAGAAGAAGAAGAAGAAGAAGCACAAGAAGUAGCCCUGGGAUGAGCAGGGCAGGCUGGGCUGCUGCCAGGGCUGUUCCUGGUGCAGCCAGCAGGGAUCAGCACCUCCUGCUCCAGGGACAAGGAGUUCUCUGAGUAGCAGGGGUGUGGUGUUACAGGUGUUGACCUUGCUGUGAGCUGUCCUCGUCCCCCUGGGCCCAGGCUGCCCCUUUGUGCCACAGCUGCUGCCAGCACAGGCUCAUGACACCCUGCAGGGCAGCCCUGCUGUCCCACACCUCGUGUCCUGCUGAAGCUGCUGCCAGCUCUGGGGACAGCUGGGGGACAGCAGCCCUCUGCUGGGUUGGGGUGGCACAGGCAAGCCCACGGCGUGCUGGGGACAGGGUUUGGUGUUGCUGGUGGGACCAGAAACCCCUGGCACAGCUCUGGGCUGCAAACCUGCCCCAGCUCCCUUGGUCUCUGCAAACACUGGAGUGGAGGAGCAAGGAGCAAAUGGGGGAGUGGAGAUACUGGGAGUAAACACGAACCAUGGAGUGUUUGCUGCCUUGGAAAGGGAUGGAAAAUAAAUCUGCCCUCUCCAGCUGUACUUUGUACUGGCUCCUUUCUUCUGUGCCCUCCACACUUCAUCUUGGGUGGGGGAAGAACAGCACUGGCU